AUGCGGGUUUUUUCCAGAAAAUUCACGCAGUCGUUCUCCCCGCCCCCACUCUAUCGUCUUGCAGACGGUGGUGAACGCUUCUGCAGAGGAACUUAUCGAAGAGUACUGGUGGCAUUUCGAAAGAAUCCCCACCUGGAACACGGCGGCAUCCUCAAUGGAAGUCAUCAAAUAAACUCCUUGUUGUUGCAGAGAAUUUCUAAGACCAAAAUGAUCGCCCACGUGAUCGGAGCACAUCUAGGAUCGCAAUACAUCUCGAGAAGAGACUUCGUGGCUGUGUACUCUCGGCAUGGGGUGCUGGACACGCAGCGGAUGGUGGAGGAUUUCUACAUGUGCUUCAUCUCGACUGAGUUCCCCGGGGCACCGCGCGAAGGGGAAUACGUGAGGGCCACAUAUCAUUCGAGUGGAUUCCGGUUUUCACCGAAUGGAGACGGCUUCGCGACAUUCCAAUACCUGCUGAACGUUGAUGUGAAAAUCAAUGCUCUGAUGAAGGCUUUAUCCCGAGUUGCCAUGAUUCCGACCAUGGCUGAAUAUGCCACGCAACUCAGAAAUUAUGCAUCAACGUUGAAGAAAGCCUGAUGCGGAUGCUUUCGCAAAACCUUCUCAUGUUUUGAAGGUUUUAUGUUUUUUUUUCUCUAUCCUCUUGUUUCUGUCAUAUUUGGAG